UCCGUGUUUUUUGUGGUUAACGACCUUUCAUGCAUUUAAAUGUGACCAAAUUUCUGUACUAGUGCGUACAGUACGAAUCGUUAGCACUGUACUGACGUUAUUAUAUUAUGUCUUUAUGUGCCCAUCGGUCUGCGCAGCGGAGUCAAACAACCUUUCUACCUUUGAACUGGCCCUCUCCUACCAAGCGCACAGCGCUCUUUGUUUUGGUCGUCAGUCAUUAUAACUGUUGACGGUGUUGAUAGAGAAAUACUCACCGGCACAUUAUCAUUGCUCGUGGCCGGGAGAGUGCUGUUCUGGCGUGAGAGAGAGGCACUGCUGCUGUAGGAGCAGUGGUGGAGUUUGUGUGGGGGAAAAGCAGAGACUUUGGCAACAAUCUUUUGUAAAUCGUCUUUUUUCCUCUCCGCUGGUGUAGCUGCGUUCUUUGUUGCUUUAUUUCCCUGCGACUUUUACUUCGAUUUGCAGCUAAUGUACCACACAAUGACACUCUCACUGUGGGCAGUUCUACUAAUUCCGCCGCUGCGUUAACUUUCUCUAGCUGGUGUCGAACUCGUCUCGCGCAUAUACGUUGCUAAUGGAAUGGUCCACUCUAAUCUAUAAUGGGGGGAGUGCCUUCGUACAGAUGUAAUAAUGUAAAACGUUAACAGGGAUAUCCCGACUAUUCUGAUGAUUACUUGGGGCUCUACGUGGCUGCUGACAUGGCUUAUUGGUUAAGUCCACCCCUUCCUUUUGGGGACCCCUGAUAGCUCGGGGCCCCAGGCGAUUGCCUACCUUUGCCUAAUGGUAAGUCCGCCCCUGCGUGUUGUGAUUUUUUUUCAAAUGACCUCAACAGGGAAAGAUCAAUGACAGAAUCUUCAUCAACGUCACCAAAAAGAAGAGAAACCAGAAGACAGAGUAUAGAUCAACCCCUAAUGAUGUCAUCCUCCAGUGAUCCAAUGACUGAGAGGCUUCUGUGUUCAAUCUGUCUGGAAGUGUUCAGUGAUCCAGUCAGCACUCCAUGUGGACACAACUUCUGUAAGAUCUGUCUCAGUACAUACUGGAACAACAGUCAAGACUGCAGAUGUCCAAACUGUAAAGAAACAUUCAAGCAGAGACCUGAUCUCAAGAUUAAUACAACACUCAGAGACGUUGUGGAUGAACAUAAGAAGAAAUGUCAUGAAGAACAAGCUGAAGUUGUGUGUGACAUCUGUAGUGAAGGAAAGCUGAAGGCUGUGAAGUCGUGUCUGGUGUGUCAGAGCUCUUACUGUGAAACUCACCUGGAGCCUCAUUUGAGAGUGUCAGGAUUACAGAAACACAAAUUGAUUGAUCCUGUGAAGAAUCUGCAGGAUUAUAUAUGUCAGAAACAUGACAGACCUCUGGAGCUCUUCUGUAGAGAUGAUCACACAUGUGUGUGUCUGUCCUGCGCUGAUGGAGAUCACAAGAACCACAACACUGUUCCUUUAAGAGAGGAGAGUAAAGAGAAGAAGAUUCAGAUGUUAAAGACACAGACAGAUGUGCAGCAGAUGAUUCAAGACAGAAUCAAGAAGAUUCAAGAUAUCAAACAUUCAACAGAACUCAGAAGAAGAAACACAGAGAAGGAGAAAGCAGCCAGUAUGGCGGUCUUCAGUGAUCUCAUGCGCUCCAUUGAGAGAUGUCAGUCUGAACUGCUGGAGAUGAUGGAGGAGAAGCAGAAAGCAGCAGAGAAACAUGAUGAAGAUGUCAUUAAAGAUCUGGAGCAGGAGAUCACUGAACUGAAGAAGAGAAACAUUGAGCUGGAGCAGAUCUCACACACUCAACAUCAUCUACAGCUCAUACAGAUUCACUCAUCCAUCUGCAGGCCUUUAAACAUGAAGAACUGUCCUGAGAUCAGUAUGAAGAGUCAUGUGAGUGUGGAGAAAGUGAGGAGAUGUCUGACUCGACUGCAGGAGACUCUACAGGAGAAACUCAGUGAAGCUGAGUUGAAGUGGAUGCAGCAGUAUGCAGUGGAUGUGACUCUGGAUCCUGACACAGCUCAUCCUGAACUCAUUCUGUCUGAUGAUGAGAAACAAGUGAGACAUGGAGACAUUAGACAUAAACUCCCAGACAACCCAAAGAGAUUUGAUACAUGUGUAAAUGUCCUGGGAAAGGAGGGAUUCUCAUCAGGGAGAUUUUAUUAUGAGGUUCAGGUGAAGGGAAAGACUCAAUGGACUUUAGGAGUGGUCAGAGAAUCUGUUGACAGGAAGGGAGAGAUCGCACUGACACCAGUGAAGGGAUUCUGGACUGUGUGGUUGAGGAAUAAGAAUGAAUAUAAAGCUUGUGCAGAUCCCCCUGUCUCUCUGUCUCUGAGAGUAAAGCCACAGAAGGUGGGUGUGUUUGUGGAUUAUGAGGAGGGUUUGGUCUCCUUUUAUGAUGUGGACAACAGGUCUCAUAUCUACUCUUACACUGAUCAAUCCUUCACUGAGAAACUC